AUGGAGUCGACGCCGCCGGUGUUCUCUUCCUCUACCAAUGUCGCCCAGUACUCUCCGCCAUGGGAAGACCUGAAGAUUAUUGGAAUCGCUGGCAGCUCCGGCUCCGGCAAGACCUCGGUGGCCAUGGAGAUUGUCCGGUCGUUGAAUCUGCCGUGGGUGGUGAUUCUCGUAAUGGACUCCUACUACAAGACGCUGAACCCGGAGGACCAUGCCAAGGCUCAUGCGAACCAAUACGACUUUGACUCUCCAGAUUCGAUAGACUUUGACCUCCUUGUGCAGACGUUACGAGAUCUGAAACAAGGGAAGAGGGCCAACAUCCCCGUGUAUUCCUUUGCUCAGCACCAGCGGCAGCCGCACACAACUGCUCUCUACUCGCCACACGUGCUGAUCUUGGAGGGGAUUCUUGCCCUCCAUGACCCGAGGAUUGUAGAGAUGCUGGAUGUCAAGGUCAUUCUACGCGAUGUUCGCGAGAGAGGACGAGACAUCGAAGGGAUCAUCAAGCAGUGGUUCCAGUUUGUCAAGCCGUCAUAUAGGACGUUUGUCGAGCCGCAAAGGUCGAUCUCAGACAUGGUGGUCAAGCAUAUCCAACGCUGCCUGUCCGAGAAGUCCGAGAAGCACAGUGCCGAGCUUCGCAAGCUCCGUAACAUUGCCGCCGAAGAAGAGUUGUCACCAAACGUGCUCGUCAUGUCUCAGACGCCGCAGUUUACCGGCAUGAAUACCAUCCUUCAGAACCCGGACACGGAGCAUGUCGAUUUUGUCUUCUACUUUGACCGGCUUGCCUCCCUGCUGAUUGAACGUGCAUUGGAUUGCACGGACUACGUCUUUUCUGAAAUCAAGACCCCCCACGAUAACAGUUAUCAAGGCCUCCACCCUGCCGGAACGGUGUCCGCCGUGGCCAUCCUCCGCGGCGGCUCCUGUCUGGAGACGGCGCUCAAACGCACGAUCCCGGACUGCAUCACGGGCCGGGUGCUCAUCCAGACCAACGAAAAGACCGAAGAGCCAGAACUGCAUUACCUCAAGCUGCCUCCGGGCAUCGAAACCCACGCCACCGUGCUGCUCCUCGAUCCGCAGAUGGCCAGCGGCGGAGCCGCCCUGAUGGCCGUCCGCGUGCUGGUCGACCACGGCGUCGACGAGGGGAAGAUCAUCUUCGACCCUCGAUUUUCCAAUAUCCAGUCAGACCCGCGGUAUGCCCUGCCUAGUAAACGGCAGACACGCGUGAAGCUCGACAAGCGGUUUGCGCAUAUCCUGCACGACAAGGAUUUCUCGCGCAACGCGGCGGUGGACCGGUACGGGCGGAAACUGGCGAGAGAUGAUACCAAGAAGCAGCUUGAGAAGUUCUACCGGUUAGAUAAAGAGGAGGAGGAGGAAGAAGAAGAAGAAGAAGAAGAAGAAGACGAGCUUGAAGAUCUCGGCAGCGACGUCAGCGUCGACAAUGACGAUGAGGUUCUGAAGGAGCUGAAGAAGGCCGAGCGUGUGGUUGUUGAAGACGGGUACGAUCCCGCGCGGGAUGGAGGGUUUUCGGCAUCGUCGUCGUCGGAAGAAGAGGAAAGCUCGAGCGAUGAAAGCGACGUGGAGGAUGAAGGAGAGGAACUGGAGUUCCCCGACAAACAGCAGGCGAAUGUACCUAUGGGGGAGGUGACGGAGCGGAUUGCCGUGGUGAAUCUGGACUGGGAUAAUAUCCGGGCGGAGGAUCUGAUGGCCGUGUUUUCCAGCUUUGUGCCUUCUGGCGGCCGGGUCGUCCAUGUGGCGGUUUAUCCGAGCGAGUUUGGCAAGGAGCGGAUGGAGCGCGAGGAAGUGGAGGGACCGCCGAAGGAGAUUUUUGCCACCCGAAAGGAGGAGGAGGAGGAGGAGGAGGAGGAGGAUGAGAGUGAUAACGAAGAAGAAGAGUUGGAUUCCGAGGAGGAGGAAGACCGGAUCAAAAAGUCGAUUCUCAAGGAAGACAAGGGUGAAGAGUUCAACUCGACCAAGCUGCGGCAGUACCAGCUCGAGCGACUACGGUAUUUCUACGCCAUCCUGACCUUUUCGUCCAAGGAGGCCGCCAAGCACGUCUACGACCUUGUCGAUGGUGCGGAGUACCUAUCCAGCGCGAACUUUUUUGAUCUGCGGUUUGUGCCGGACGAGACGGACUUCUCCGACGACCGGGCGCGGGACGAAUGCAAGCGGAUCCCCGACGGGUACAAGCCGAACGAGUUUGUGACGGAUGCGCUGCAGCACAGUAAAGUCAAGCUGACCUGGGACGCGGACGACAAGUCGCGCAAGGAGGCGCAGGCGCGUGCGUUCCGCGGCAGUCGCAAGGAGAUUGACGAGAACGACCUCAAGGCCUACCUGGGUAGUGAUAGUUCUGAUGACGAAGAAGAAGAACAAGAUGAUGAUGAUGCACAACAAACGGCAGUGGAAGUGGUGGACUCGACUACUGGCGGCAGCGUGAAGAAGGUGUCCAAGAAGGAGGCUGAGCGGCAGCGCAUGCGGGCUUUACUUGGACUGAGCGCGGAACCGAGCAAGUCGUCCAAGUCGGAGGGCCCGGUGGGCGAGAUGGAAGUUACAUUUACGUCUGGGCUUGCGGGCAGCGCGGGCAACAAGGAUACGAUCUUCGAGAACGAGCCGGAGAUUCAAGAGACUACGAUUGAAAAGUAUGUACGCAAGGAACGGGAGCGCAAGAAACGCCGCAAGGAGAAACUCAAGGCGGUGAAGCGCGGCGAGGAUAUCGACAGCGAUGCAGAAGACGGUGAUCCUGAUGCUGCAGCUGGUGCAGCUGGUGCAGCUGGUGAGGAAGAGGCCCCGGUGGAAGACCUGGGGUUCAACGAUCCGUUCUUCGACGACCCGGCGGGCGAGACGAUGUCGACGGCGGCACGGCGCAAGGAGGAGCGACGCAAGAAGCGAGAGGAACGAGCAGCGGAAGAGGAGGCGGCGGCGGCGCAACGGGCGGAGCUGGAACUGCUGAUGGUGGACGAGACGCAGAAGGGGAUGAAGCACUUUGACAUGAACGAGAUUGAGAAGGCGGAGAAGCAGAAGAACAAGAAGGGCAAGGGCAAGAAGAGUAAGACGAAGUCGGCAGCAGCAGCAGCAGGCGAGACGGAUGACUUCCAAAUGGACGUGGCCGACCCUCGAUUCGCCCGGUUGUUUGAGAGCCACGAGUUUGCCAUCGACCCGACAAACCCACGGUUCAAGGCGACGUCUGGGAUGAAGGCGCUGCUGGAGGAAGGACGCAAACGACGACGCAACCACGAAGACGGCAGCGAGCUCCAGAGCACGAAGAAGAGCAAGACCAAGGGUUCCAAGGGGGGAUCGGAUGAUUUGAAGAAGCUGGUGGACCGGGUGAAGCGGAAGGCCGUAUAA